AUUUCCUUUUCUCUUACCUAUUUAUUAUUAUUAUUAUUAUGAAUCGAGGUCGAGGAAGAAGCCCAUCUCAAUUACCUAACCAAAACGAUGAUGAAAUUUUGUCCAUUGAGAAACAAUAUGAAUUUAUUAACAUGUCAUUCAAGUAUGGCAUUAACGAUUUAGAAAACAUUAUUCAAAUGUUUCAUGCUCGUCUUUUAGCCGAAGAAAGUUACUUGAAUUCAUUACAGAAAGUGAAAAAGUUAGCUAGUUUUAAUGAUGCAGACCGUCAUCAUGAGGCACCGCAAUCUUCAUUCCAGACAGCCGUCAAAUUUUAUGAGGCUACAAUUAAUGAUAUUAUUGAAAGUCGACAAAGAUUAAAGGAUACCAUAAAACUAGAAAUUGAUGUUUUGAUAAAACAAAAGGAAAUUGAAGAACAAAAUAGAAAGACUAAUAAAAGCAAACUUUAUGAUGCAAAUAAUAAUUAUAUUACUUUUCGACGACGUGAUAUUGCCAAGCUUCAAAAGGCAUAUGUACACAAAUGUGAAGACUUGAAAGUAACCCAAAAUAAUUGGCAAGAACAACAGCAAUUAGAUUUGAUGAAUAAUGCAGCAAAUAGAAACUCGCUGGAGUUAACUGCAAAUAAUUUUAGAUUGUCAGGAGAUUAUAACAAUCGAGAUGGUUUAUUGUCAGAUUCUAAUAGCAUAAGUGAUCAAUCACCUACUAAUAAAAAGGGUAUGGCAGGUUUAAUAUCUCAAAUGAGAACAAGAACACCUUUGGAUCAAAGCAAACAGAUGACGAAGGUCACAAGAAUGAAAAAGGACAUUACGGAUGCUGAUAAUGAAUACAGGGAUGGUAUUCUAAUGUUGGAACACUUGAGAAAGAAACAAACAAAAACUAUGGAUGAAGUUAACAAACAACUUCAAAAUACGAUUCAAAGAAAGACAGAGACUGUAAAGACAACUUUAAUUAAUAUACUUCACUCUGAACUAGAUACGUUACAAAUGGAAAUGAAUAUUUCGCGCAAUUCAUUAGAAGCAGCAACAAGUAUCGAUAGCUUAAAAGAUGCACAACUCUUUUCUUUACAUUAUCAAUCACUAGGUUAUAUUAAGCCAGCUCCUGUUCGUUAUGAGAACUAUUAUAUGGAAGGAAAAUGUAAAGAGGUUUUAUUUGGUGGUUCAUUAGAAGCAUACGCAGUUGAACAUAGUCGAGCUGUUCCUUUGCUUGUAACAAAAUGUAUUGAUGCUAUUGAAGCUAUGGGUGGAUUACAAAAGGAAGGUAUUUAUAGAAUCUCAGGUAGACAAGCCAAUAUAGAUCAGCUCAAGCAUCAAUUUGAACUGGACGAAGAAAAAGUAAAUUUAGACAACUUUGAUGUCUUUACAAUUGCUACUGUAUUAAAGAUGUAUAUUCGUGAACUAAAAAGACCUUUGUUUGAUUUUAAUGUUCAAACUCGAUCCGCUUAUAAUAAGAAUAUGCCACAAGCUCAGAAAUUCAACUUAUUAGAAACUAAAUUAUCCAAUUUAUCAUUGGCACAUCGAAGUACAUUACAUUGUAUUAUACGCCAUUUAUCAAAAGUAAAUGCACAUAAUCAAGCCAAUAAAAUGAAUAUUUCAAACUUGGCAAUGAUUUUUACACCUGUCAUAUUUCACGACUAUAAUCAGACGGAUGAAAGUCUUCAUUUGAAUAAUGAAUGGUCACCUGAUGAUCUCUUUGGGGACCUCCUUCUUUAUCAUGACCUUAUUUUCCCAAAGGCAGAGGACUUUGCACGUCGUAUAAAUGAACCCAAACUGAAUCAAGCUUUGAAUGGUCAAAGUCCAUUUUCCCAAUAUUCUCGAAGCAAUUUACUUUAUUUGAUGCCAGCUCAACAAACUAAUUCAAUGUUAUUAACUCAACCCAUGAGUUCUCCUUUAAACUAUCCACCAAAGUUAACGACAUUGAUUGGAACAGUACCUAAUACGUUUUCUCCAUCAGCACGGAAUAGAGUAGGUAAUAGUGAUGCAACCGAUACGCAUCAUUUAGUAGUAGUACAACAACAAUCAGACACAGAAUUAUUAGAAAAUAAAAUAAAACAAAAGGAAAAUAAUGAGAAUCGACAUCUAUUGCCACCACGUCAAGAUUCUCUUCUUAGAAAGCAAGUUGAAGUCAAAUUAGUCUCUGAGAGUAGUAAACAAUAUCAAGCAAACUUAGACUAUUCAUUAUUAGAUCAACACUCGGAUGAAUUAUAAAAUAAUAUAAAUAAAUAAAGACUUGAGAUGAUGGCUGAAAAAUAUAUGUGUAACAUUUGAUAUUAAGGAGAAAAUUUAGGAAGAAGCCAAGAAUUAAUAACUAAAUAUAGGUUUACUUCACCCCCCCCC